AUGCCCCGGCUGUCCUCUCUACGUCCCUUUCUUGAGGCCUGUCGCCCGCCCUGCAAUACUCCACCUGCCCGCGUCCCCCCACCGAGAGCAGUUCUUUUGCGACAGAGAGCUACGCCGACACUCACCACCCUCCGUCCUUGCAUUCCUUGUCGCUCUCUCAUGAAUGGCCGCAAACGAGAUCCUCAUUCUUUAGAGCGAGUCACCAAGAGACGACGCAUUUCCCCCUCCCCCGCGCGGGAUAGCUCCUCCGACGCAAUGAAUCACACCAUCUCCACGAUCGAGCUCACUCCACUGGAGAGCACCCUGCGUACCCUCCUCCUUGACGUCGCACAGUACAUCCGAGACCAAGAAAUUGUCGAAGGAGGGAGCGAUGUGAGGAAUCAUCCAGACACCGUGUUGCGCUUCACCGGCGGCUGGGUUAGAGACAAGCUGCUCGGAGUGGACAGCCAUGACAUCGACGUCGGGAUCAGCAGCAUGACUGGUUACCAGUUCGGCAUGGCGCUGAAGCAGUACCUGGAUGACCCGCAAAACCUGGAAAAGUACAAACAGAGCCUCCCAGAGGGCAAGAUGCACGAUGCGAUUGUGAGCCUCCACAAAAUCGAGGCCAACCCGGAGAAGUCCAAGCACCUGGAGACGGUCACGACGAAGAUCUUUGGCCUGGAUAUUGACCUGGUCAAUCUACGAAAAGAGACAUACUCGGAGGAAAGCCGGAAUCCGCAGAUGGAGUUUGGCACCGCAACCGAGGACGCGUUGCGGCGAGAUGCGACGAUCAAUGCGCUUUUCUACAAUCUCAACGAGUCGCGGCUGGAGGACUUGACAGGGCACGGGCUGGAGGACAUGCAAAAUAGGCUCAUUCGAACGCCGAUGGAACCAUACCAGACAUUCAGGGACGACCCGCUGCGUGUGCUUCGGUUGGUCCGGUUCGCGAGCAGACUGGGGUACCAAAUUGACCCCGAGACGGAAAGGGCGAUGCAGAAUGAGGAUAUCAGGGUGGCAUUGAGGCUCAAAAUUAGCAAGGAGCGUGUUGCAAAUGAGCUGGAGAAGAUGCUGAAAGGUGAGGAAGCUGGAUUCCGUACCGUAGUUGCUUUUUCUGACCUGCUGGCAGGCCCCGACCCUCGUGGUGCGCUUCAAUUUAUCGACCGACUGGAUCUUUAUCAUACAAUUUUUGCAAACCACCAAGACGGAGUCGCUGUUGAUACAAGGACGUGGUCUCUGGCGUACAACGCGCUCGCUCGGUUCCUCCACCCAGAGAUUGAGGAGAGCAGUGAAGUCCGCGCAGCUACAGAACGCGUCCGGCGGAUCCUGGUGCGCGAUGAAGGAACCGUGUACUAUGCAUGGGUCGGCGCAGCGUUUACUCCGUGGAUCUCUAUCCCUGAACGGCAGGGGACGGGAGCAAAGGCCAAAAACGUGGCGCCACGAGCGGUUGAAGUUGCCCGAGAAAGUCUGCGCAUGGAUAACAAGACACUCACUAUCUUGCGCGAUGCCUCACGGAACUAUGAGGGAAUCAUCGCGACCAAGUCCUGUCUACUCGACAACAGCAUAAGCGGCUCGCCGGCAGAGAUCCGACAACAGAUUGGAUUGCUGAUACGGUCGUGGGGCAAGGACUGGCGGAUCUGCGUGCUGCUGGCCCUGCUACAGGAAAUCAUGGAAGGGCACGAUCUUACCGUACUGGUGCACGAGUACGACCGGUUCCUAGCGUACAUAGUAGACCAAGACCUAGAAGACGUAUGCGAGUUGAAACCCAUUGUAAAUGGCGACGAGAUCAUGAAGGCGCUGGAGGCCAAAAAAGGCCCGUGGAUGAGCAAGGCGCUCACGGUGGUGAUGAAUGUGCAGUUGUUGCGGCCGGGGAUCAGCAAGGAACAGGCCCUGGACGAAGUGCGACGGCAGCGGGCCGAGUUGGGCUUGUAG